AUGGUCAAGCGUUGCCACCUCCUCCUCCCUCUUGCCGUUGCCACCACCAGCCUCGCUGCGGCCAACCCCCUGCUGGGCACGCGCGCCCCCUGCGGCGAGGGCCCCGACAAGAUCUGCUACGGCGUCUCCGGCGGCGAGCCGCAGCAGCUCGACCCGGACGACAUCCAGUACGUGGCCGACUACCUGCGCUACAUCGGGGAUCAGAACACGGGCGCGGGCAAGUUCUGGAGCAUGCCCAAGGCCGUCGACUGCGCCGAGUGGUCCCUGCCCGUGCCCGACGCGGGCACCGUCUUGGCCCUGGCCAAGCACAUCAAGGCGCGCGUCAGCUCGAGCAUCCUGUACAAGGACCUGGCCGCCACCAUUGACGGCGGCGUGGGCGCCUCCGACGCGCAGAAGAAGGCGGCGCUGGCGGGCUGCGGCGCCAACGGCGGACAGCUCGGCGCCAAGGCUAACACGACCAACCCGCUGUACGACACGGAUGAAUACAAGAAGAGCGGUGCCAAGCCCGAGGGUAUCAUCAUUAAGCUCGUCAGGGCGCCGAACACGUCCUAG